CCUUCCCUGUCAGCCUUGUGCUGUUCCAGCCACGUCCACCCAACAAGCAGAGGACGCUUUAAAACAGGGGUGUCAAACUCAUUUUCACCAGGAGCCACAUCAGCCUCAUGGUGGCCUUCAAAGGGCUGAAUGUAAAUUCAGGACUGUAUAAAUGUCACUGCUCCUUAACAGUUAGGCGAGAGCUCGGUGCUGCUGCUGGGUAGAAACAAGGUGCCGGGCAGGAUAAAACAGGGGGGAGGGCCGGAUUUGGCCCUCCGGCUUGGUGUUUGCUGCCUGUGCUUUGAAAUGUGUCUCAGAACCUGUGACCUCUCUACUCUAAAUCCUCCACUGAUUUCUUAUUUCAAUCAGAGGAAAAUCCAGAGUCCUUACAAGGUCCGACUGACCUUUCAAUUCACUUCUCCAACUCCAGUCUAGGUACUCCUCACAUUUCCCAAGCACGCUGUACACCAGGCCUUUGACCUUGUACUGGCGCUUCUCUCUCUCUUCAGGAUACUUCUUUCCCCCAGACAAGGGGCUUGCUCCCUCACUCCCUUUAGACCCCUGCAUGAAGACCACCAAAUCAGAGGGACCCUCUUUGACUGCCCUAUGCAAAAUAUCACCUUCCCCAGUCACUCUCUAUUCCCUUUAACUUAAAGUUAUUUUUCUUUCUAGUCCGUAACACUACCUCAGAUAUACAUGUAUUAUUCUGCUUAUCAUCUUUCUUUUCUUAGCCCUUCCUAAGAUGUUAGCCGUGUAGGAGCAGAUGUCCUGUCUGCUCUAUUCACUGCUGCAUCCCCAGUGCCUAGAAAAGUUUCUGGCCAAGUAGGUACUGCAUACAUGUCUUGAAUCACGAACGCUGGGAGAAUCUCAGGUCUCCGAACACCUCUGCUCUGUGUCUAAUCCAACAACUUGAAGCCUGCCUCUUCUCAAAACCCUCAGAAUUCUGCACCCAUGAGUUUCCUCAUCUGUAAAAUGCAAGAAAUAGAACUUCCCUCAGAGUGUUGUGAUAAAUCAGUGAGGCAAUGUGUAUGAAGGGUUCAGUAUUUAUCUUGGCAUGUAGAAAGCCUCCGAGAAAUGGAAAAUGUUUCCAUCUUCAUCGUUAUUAUUGUUUGGCAGGGACUCAGACUGCUUUUGCACCAACCCGAAGACAUAUGAAGGCGUGAAGACGGGGACCAUUCUGUUUACUUCUAUGCUUCGGGCCUUCCACGUACGUGUUGUUCGAAGUCAGAUAUUAGCUCCAGGGACUCUCUACUUCCACAAAUUACAAAGAUUGAGGAACACCCCAUGACAUUAAUGUAGGGGGCCCACAGUGUUAGGUGAUAAAAAUUACUUUCAUUGAGAACUUACAUCCACACUAAAACCUGCACACAAAUGUUCAUAGCAGCUUUGUUCAUAAUGUCCAAAACUUCGAAGCAACCAGGACAUCCUUUAGAAGGUGAAGGAAUGAAUAAACCGUGGUACAUCUGGACAAAUGGAAUUCUAUUCAGCACUAAAGACAAAUGAGCGACCAAGCCAUGCAAAGACAUGGAGAAAACUUAAGAGCAUAUAACUGAGUGAAAGAAGCCAAUCUGAAAAAGAUGCGCACUGGAUGAUUCCAACUAGACAUUACAGAAACGACAGGACUGUGGAGAAAAUAAAAACAUCAGUGCUUGCCUAGGAUUUUGAACUCCUCUUCAUCAUUCAUAUGCGGGAACCAAUGAUGAAAUCCGUGGAAUCACAAUGAGACAUCUCGGAAGCGUUCAUGUGCUUUGGGGCAUCGUCAUGUCAGUGCACGUCUGGGCUUCAGAGCUGCCGGAAGAAAGGGAACUCACGACCAACUGCUCCAACUUGUUUCUCAGAAAGGUUCCUGCAGACCUGACCCCAACCACGACCACCCUGGAUUUGUCCUACAACCUCCUUUUUGAACUCCAGAGUUCGGAUUUUCGUUCUGUCUCUGAACUGAAAGUUUUGAUUCUGUGCCACAACUAUAUCCAAGAGCUGGAUAUGAAGACCUUUGAAUUUAACAAGAGGUUAAAAUAUUUAGAUCUGUCUUACAACACACUGAAGACUGUGACUUGGCACUCUCUGGCAGGCCUCAGACAUUUAGAUCUUUCUUUCAAUGACUUUGAUACUAUGCCGAUCAGUGAGGAGAUUAGCAACAUGUCUCACCUGGAAGUCUUAGGUUUGAGUGGGGCAAAAAUACAAAAAUCAGAUUUCCAGAAAAUUGCUUAUUUGCCUCUAAAUACUGUUUUCUUAGGAUUGAGAACUCUGUCUCAUUAUGAAGAAGGCAGCCUGCCCAUCUUAAACACAACAAAACUUCACAUUGUCUUACCAGUGAACACAAAUUUCUGGGUUCUUUUGUGUGAUGGAAUCAAGACUUCAAAAAUAUUAGAAAUGACGAAUAUAGAUGGCAAAAGCCAAUUUGUGAGUUACGAAACUCAAAAAAAUCUUCCUUUAGAGAAUUCCAAGACAUCUACUCUGUUACUUAGUAACGUCGAUUUACUUUGGGAUGACCUUCUUUUUAUCUUCCAGUUUGUUUGGCAUACAUCAGUAGAAUAUUUCCAAAUUGAACACGUGACUUUUGGAGGUAUGGUUUAUCUUGACCACAAUUCAUUUGACUACUCAAACACUGUAAUGAAAACUAUAAAAUUGGAGCAUAUACGUUUUAGAUUUUUCCAUAUUCCACAGGACAGUGUCUACUUGCUUUUUACCAAAAUGAAUAUAGAAAACCUGACAAUAUCAGAUGCACAGAUGCCUCACAUGCUAUUCCCUACUUAUCCUACAAGAUUCCAAUAUUUAAAUUUUGCUGAUAACAUCUUAACAGAUGAACUAUUAAAAAACCCUAUCCAAUUGCCUCAUUUGAAAACUCUCAUUUUGAAGGGCAACAAAUUGGAAACACUUUCCUUAGUGAGUUGUUUUGCUAAGAACACAUCUUUGCAGUUCUUGGAUCUAAGCCAAAAUCUGUUACAACAUGAAAAUAAUGAAAAUUGUUUUUGGCCAGAAACCUUGAUCACCAUGAACCUGUCAUCCAACAACUUUGUUGAUUCUGUUUUCCAGUGCUUGCCCACAAGUGUUCAAAUACUUGACCUGAAUAACAACCAAAUUCAAACUGUCCCUAAAGAGAUUAUUCAUCUGCAGUCUUUGCAAGAGCUAAAUCUUGCAUUUAAUGUCCUAACUGAUCUUCCUGGGUGCAGUCAUUUUAAAAGACUCUCAGUUCUAAACAUGGAAAUGAACUUAAUUCUCAGCCCAUCUCCGGAUUUUUUUCAGAGCUGCCCCAGAGUUAAGACUCUCAAUGCAGGAGGAAAUCCAUUUCGGUGUACAUGUGAAUUAAGAGAUCUCAUUCAGCUUGAAAAAUAUUCCAAGGGCAUGAUGGUUGGAUGGCCAGAUUCCUACGUCUGUGAAUACCCUUUGAAUCUAAAGGGGACUCAGUUAAAAGAUGUUCACCUUCCCGAAUUAUCCUGCAACACGGCUCUGCUGAUUGUCACUAUUGUGGUGGCCAUGCUAGUUUUGGGGAUGGCCGUGAGCUUCUGCUGCCGCUACUUCGAUCUGCUCUGGUAUGUCAGGAUGCUGGGCCAGUGGAUGCUGAUGUGGCACAGGGUCAGGAAGACAGCCCAACAACUCAAGAGAAAGGUCCAAUCCCAUUUGUUUAUUUCCUACAGUGAACAGGAUUCUGCCUGGGUGAAGCAUGAAUUGAUCCCCACUCUAGAGAAAGAAGAUGGCUCUGUCUUGAUUUGCCUUCCUGAGGGAAACUUUGACCCUGGCAAGACAGUUACUGAAAACAUCCUAAACUGCAUUGAGAAAAGCUGUAAGUCCAUACUGGUUCUGUCUCCCAGCUUUGUCCAGAGUGAGUGGUGCCAUUAUGAACUCUUCUUCGCCCACUACCCGCUCCUGGAUGAAAUUUCUCAUCGCAUAAUCCUCAUCGUACUGGAGCCCGUUCCACUCUACUGCAUUCCAACCAGGUAUCCGAAGCUGAAAGCCCUCAUGGAAAAAAAAGCAUACUUGGAAUGGCCCACGGAUAGGCGUAAAUGUGGACUUUUCUGGGCAAACCUUCAAGCUAAUAUUAAUGUUAAUUUAUUAGAAACCAGGGACACGUGUGAACUACAGACAUUCACAGAGUUGAAUGAAGAGUCUGGAGGUUCUGCCAUCUCUGUGAUAAGAACAGACUACCUUUGAAACCCCAUUCUCCCUUAGGGGAAUGGGGGCCCAGAUGCACUGCUGGGAUUUGAGUUGAUACCACCUUUAUGAUGACAAUUUGGCAAUAUCCAUUGAAAUGAAAAAAUGAUCGUUCCCUCAUGUUAAUUCCAUAAAAGUGUUCUAAGAAUAUGUCCUACAGAAACAGAGGUUUGUAAAGGUUUGUGUAAAAAGGCAUUUGUCUGCCAGUUCGAUUCCCAGCCAGGGCACAUGCCUGGGUUGUGGGCUGCGUCCCCAUUUGGGGGCUUGAGACGAAACCGAUUGAUGUUUCUCUCCCUCUCUUUCUCCUUCUCUUCCUGCCUCUCUAAAACUAAAUAAAUAAAUAAAGGAUUUUAUUUAUUUAUUUUAAAAAGCAUUUGUCCCAGCAUUGUUCAUAACAAUGAAAAAUAGAAAACAGCUCAAAUGUCCACAAAAUAAGGAUUAAUUCCAUAAAUUAUAAUACCCUAAUGCAAUAGAACAUUACCCAACCAUUUAAAAGAAUGAGGUAGCUCUAUAUUUACUGGUAUGGUGAAAAUUCUAUUAAUACGGUGGUUUAUUCAGUGAAAUAAAAGUCUAAAGGAAUCCGUGUCAGUACUUUGAUAUAUAACAGUGGUUUGAGUUUGGGAGGUUGGACACCAGGAGCAUUUGGUUUCUAUGUUGUAUAUUCCUAUGAUGUUGGAAUUGCUUAGAGUGAAUCUGUAUUAUUUUAUUAGAAAAAAACAAUAAAGAUUAUUUUU